AUGACUUACCCCAAAAAACUCGACAUCGGUCUUGUUCUUCUUCCUGGAUACCAAUGGCUCGAUGCCGCGGGACCAGUCGACUACUUAAACAACCACUCCAGUGCAAUUGUAAAUGGAAUCUCCUUCCUCCCUGAAUCCAUGAAAGAAAAAGCCCCUGUAAUAAACUGGCACUACAUCGCCUCCGACCUCACACCGAUACAGUCCACAUCCGGACCACUCCAGCUCCCUUCAUGCACAUUUGCAGACUGCCCCCCUCUAGAUUGCAUAUUUGUCCCAGGACCAAGGGAUAUUUUUACGCUUCCCAAUGGCUUCGCAGAGUUUCUCAAAGCACGCCUGGAGGACCCUAAGCUCUUCGCCCUCCUCUUAGUUUGCACCGCAUCCCUCUGUGUCGCAGCAACCGGCAUCCUUGACGGAAAAGAGGUGGCGAGUAACAAGUUCGUAUUGCGCGACCUUGCCGCCGAAGGCACACUGGAGAAGGGAUAUUUUAAAAAGGUGAAGUGGGUUGGGGAUAAGCGCUUUACAGUAGAUGGCAAGGUGUGGAGUUCGGCCGGGAUUACGGCCGGGUUGGAUCUUGCGGCAGAGUUUGCACGAGUCUAUGUAGCGAAAGAACUUGUCGAUAUGGCCCAGGAGAUGUCGGAAUAUAGACCCAACCCAGCACAGCCGGAUCCCUUUGCUUAUAUGCUAGACGGAACUAUGUCUUCUCAAGAGCCUCCUCGAGUGCUUAACCUAGGACUUGUCCUAAUCCCUGGCUAUCAAUGGCUCGACGGUGCAGGUCCCGUCGACUACCUCAAUAACCACUCUCACGCAUUAGCCAGUCUCCUCUCGACACUGCCCAGAUCGACAUACGACAAGGCGCCGAUCAUGAAAUGGCACUAUAUCUCCUCUGAUAUGACGCCCAUCCAAGCCACAUCAGGGCCGCUCCAGCUGCCCUCAUGCACAUACGCAGAUUGCCCCCCUCUAGACUGCAUAUUCAUCCCAGGCCCUACAGACCUCCUCAGCACGCCCAAGGGAUUCACUGAGUUCAUCAAAGCGCGUCUCGAAGACCCUAAACUUAUUGCACUGCUCAUGAUCUGCACAGCGUCGUUCCUCGUCGCAUCGACAGGCAUUCUAGAAGGACGGGCCGUAGCGAGCAAUAAACUUGCCCUGCGAGAUUUAGCCGCUGCGGGGUUAUUGGAGUCUAACGAGCACUUCAAAAAGGUCAAAUGGGUUACGGAUAAGAGGUUCACGGUCGACGGAAAGUUGUGGAGUUCUGCUGGGAUUACCGCUGGUUUGGACCUCGCUGCCGAGUUUGCCAGGGUUCAUUUUGCAAAGGAGGUCGGAAUCAUGGCGCAGGAGAUAUCUGAAUAUAAACCCAAUCCUGCAGAUCCGGACCCAUUCGCUUAUAUUUUGGAGGGGGUAAAGGUAUGA